AUGACCAAUCCCAGCCACCUCGAGAGUCUGGCUGAGACCAUCAGCGCCGCUUCCAAAGUCAUUAGUGGCUACUGCACCCUCGAGGAGAACCCCCAGCCAUCCUUGGGUCCUGACGCUCCAUCGGUCGUGCUGCCUCAUACCGCGCCGGAGUAUGUACGCCAGGCGCGCCAGCAGCUCCUCUCAGCGGCCAAAGAGGCCAUUCAACUAGCCGCGGAGCCUAGUGAAUACCUGCCAAUGCUGGCAGUUCAGUAUCAAUAUAUCGCCUGUAUCAAAUGGCUGGCCCACUUCCAGGUCUUCGCCGCGGUGCCCUUGACGGGCGCCGUCCCCUACGCCCAGCUAGCCAGCAUCUGCGCCGUGCCAGAGCGGCAGCUGCAAAGUGUUGCCCGCAUGGCCAUCACCAGCGGGUGUCUGUGUGAGACUCAACCGGGCGAGGUCGCUCACAAUGCCAUCUCUCGGCAAUUCGUCACGUUGCCUGCCUACCUGGGCUGGGUCCGCUUCAUGACUGAUUUCUAUAUGCCCGUCUCGGCUCAAAUGGCCGAGGCCACCGAGAAAUGGGGUGUGUCAGACCAGCCGAACGAGACGGCAGUGAACCUGGCCAUGAACACGCCCUUGUCCGCCUUUGCGUUCAUUACCCGGUCGCGGGAGUUCAAUAAGCUGUUUGGGGGUUAUAUGAAGGGCGUGGCCGCGAGCGAGGGCACCGCCGUGCGGCACCUGCUCACGGACUACGAUUGGGCCCAGCUGGGUCCAGGGCUGGUGGUACAUAUCGAUGGCGCUCCCGGAACUGUCUGCGUUGCGCUGGCCGAAGCCUUCCCCCGACUGCGAUUUGUGGUGCAAGACACAGCCGAACAGACCAACCAGAGCCGUUCGUUCAUUAAAUCCCAACCGGAGCCCAUCCGCUCCGCCAUCGAGGUCGCAAGCCACGACCACUACAGCUCCCAGCCGAUCCAAAAUGCUAAUGUGUAUCUGCUCCGCAUGGUAUUGCACAACCACUCGGACGCCAACGCCACUCGCGUGCUCGCGUCUCUGGUGCAGCCCCUGCGUGCGAACCCAGCGGCGCGGCUGCUCAUCAUUGACACGGUGCUACCGGAGCCGGGUCAAGCCGGCGUGAUGGACGAUGCGCUCCAGAGGUAUCGCGACUUGACCAUGCAGCAAGUAUUUAAUACGAAGGAGCGCGAUCUAGCGGAGUUCCAGCAAAUCUUGGACGCCGCGGGCGAUGGGGCGGGGGGCUUAGUGGUGCAGAACGUGCGACGGUCGCCUGGUUCGGCGCUUUCGGUAAUUGAGGUUGCGUAUCAGACAUACGUGAAUGGCAAUGGGGUCACGCACCAUGGAUUUGGAUAUUGA